AAUCCUCGGCGCGCGCGUGGCGUGCACGUGCGCGUCUGUGCGCAGGGUCACUCGCAGUUGUUGCCAUAGCGGAACACGACCCCAUCCAACGGGAGCUUCACAUUGAACGCAGCAACACUCUUUGUGUAGUGGCUUGAACGCGUGCACGCGCGCGCGCGCGUAUAAUAUAUACGUUCGUUUCGAGAGACACCGGAGUCUUCUAUUCGGAAAUGACGGCCAGGAGGGGGAGGAGAUCGGAUUGAUAGCUUCUUGCAUUCUCACCAAUUACACGGCACACGGUCCCUUCGGCUCCCCCCCUGCAACAGGUCCUGGCUGUUUCAUCUUCGAUCGUCGUUGUGUCCAAAGCAUCGUGCGUGAGCGCCACACGCACGCACGCGCGCGCGCGCACGCGGGGGAGUGAAAGAGGCACUGGCGGUGGAAGUGAAGGAGGGAGGAGAAGGGAGGAGGUGUUGGCGGUAGUGGUGGUGGUGGUGGUUGUUCGAGCCAACCGGGUCCCACCACCUUCGUUGGUCGGGGGGGUGCCUCUCAAUCUCAGCAGCCCAGACAGAGCAGGAAUUGUAGGCAGAGUGAGACAGCGGCGAGAAUGCAGAAGGGACUGCGCUUCAACGAGUCGCACUGCCUGCACUUGGCUCUGCGUGCCCGGCGGGACGCGUGCAAGCUGGGCUACGUGCGCAAACGCAGCGCCGAGACGAGCAGAUGGCACCUCCGCUGGAUGGCCCUGUACCAGAACCUACUCUUCUCGUUCGAGAGCGAGGCGAACGCGCGGCCCUCGGCUGUCCAUCUGCUCGAGGGCUGCGCGUGCGAGCGGGUGUCCUCCCCCAAGCCCGGCGGCUCCCGUGACCUCCCGGAGAAGCAGUAUUACUUCACAGUGCACUUCGGGCACGAUGGGCAGAGGGCUCUGGAGCUGUGUGCAGAGGACGAAGCAGACUGUGAAGCUUGGGUCUCUGCCAUCUCUCAGUGCAACUACAGCGACAUGAUGAUCGAGAGAGAGGUGCUCGCCCAGAAGUACAUUCACAUCAUGCAGAUCGUGGAGGCAGAGAAGACGGCCGCCAAUCAGCUCCGGCAGCAGCUGGAGGACCAGGACACGGAGAUCACGCGCCUCAAGGCAGAGAUUGUGGCGCUAAACAAAACUAAGGAGCGCAUGCAGCCAAGGCAGCUGGUGGGUCAGGAGGAUGAAGAUCCAGACAUCAAGAAGAUCAAGAAGGUGCAGAGCUUCUUGCGAGGCUGGCUGUGCCGGCGCAAGUGGAAGACCAUCGUGCAGGACUACAUCCGAUCGCCGCACGCCGAGAGCAUGCGCAAGCGCAACCGCAUCGUGUUCAGCAUGCUGGAGGCGGAGACGGAGUACGUGACGCAGCUGCACACGCUCGUCAACAUCUUCCUGCGCCCGCUGCGCAUGGCGGCCAGCUCCAAGAAGCCAACCAUCUUGCACGACGACGUCAGCAGCAUCUUCCUCAACAGCGAGACCAUAAUGUUCCUGCACCAGAUCUUCCUUCAGGGACUAAAAGCACGACUUGCCAGUUGGCCAACACUGGUUCUUGCGGACCUGUUCGACAUCCUCCUGCCCAUGCUCAACAUCUACCAGGAGUUUGUGCGCAACCACCACUACAGCCUGCAGGUGCUCGCCAACUGCAAACAGAACCGGGAUUUCGACAAACUGCUCAAGCAGUACGAGAGCAAGGCAGACUGCGAGGGACGCACAUUGGAGACCUUUCUAACAUACCCCAUGUUUCAGAUCCCCCGCUACAUCAUCACCCUGCACGAGCUGCUGGCUCACACGCCACACGAGCAUGUGGAGCGCAAAAGUUUGGAGUUUGCCAAGUCGAAGCUAGAGGAGCUGUCAAGGGUGAUGCAUGAUGAGGUGAGUGAAACGGAGAACAUCAGAAAAAGCCUGGCCAUCGAGAGGAUGAUUGUGGAAGGCUGCGACAUCCUGUUGGACUCCAGCCAAACCUUUGUGCGGCAAGGCUCCCUUAUCCAGGUGCCGUCGGUGGAGCGGGGAAGGAUCUCCCGUGGGCGGCUCGUGUCCUUGACGCUGAAGAAGGAGGGUGAGCGUCAGUGCUUCCUCUUCACCAAGCACCUCCUCAUUUGCACGCGCAGCUCGGGCGGGAAGCUGCACCUGGUCAAGACUGGAGGAGUUCUGUCUCUCAUUGAAUGCACCCUAAUAGAAGACAAUGAGACUUCAGAAGAUGAAUCAAAGGGCGCAAUCGGCUCAGACAUGGAACACCUGGAUUUCAAGGUGGCCGUGGAGCCCAAGGAUGCGGCGGCCUUCACGGUGGUGCUCCUGGCCUCCUCUCGCCAAGAGAAAGCGGCCUGGACCAGCGACAUUAGUCAGUGCAUCGACAACAUCCGUUGCAACGGGCUGAUGAUGAACGUAUUUGAAGACAGCUCCAAAGUGACCGUUCCACCGGUCAUAAAGUCAGACACCACGCUGUAUUUGGACGAUGUCGACAUCCGAUUCAGCAAGACGCUGAAUUCCUGCAAGGUGCCUCACAUCCGCUAUUCGAGCGUGGAAAAGCUGCUGGAGCGGCUCACGGAUCUACGUUUCCUCAGCAUCGACUUCCUCAACACCUUCCUGCACACGUACCGCGUGUUCACCACAGCACAGGCCGUGCUGGAGAAGCUAAUGGACAUCUAUCGCUGGCCUCUCAAGGCCAUCUCCCCACGAUCUCUGGAAUUGUUCUUUGCCAACUCUUCGGGAGGCCGGCUGGGCUGCAACGAACCUGCGCGCUCGCCUAAGCCUCUUCGCAGCCUCCCCUCCACUCCGCUCGUGGCCUCCUCGCCGGUGCGGAGCCGCCACUCGCCGCUGGGCGCCGUGCCGACCAUCGGCAGCGGCGGCUUCCAGGCGCUCGACUUGUCCCUGGCUGGCGCAGCCGACGCUCACGGCACAGCCGCGGGGCCUCCAGCCUCCGUGCCCUCGCCGGCACAUGCACCGUCGCCUUUGGAUCUCACCACGGUGGGCAUCGUGGAGGAGGGAAGCGGGGACAAAGGCCCAGUGGAGGCGGAGAGCCUCCUCAAGAAGAGCUUCAGACACGCGAUGAGUGCAGGGCUGUUGGGACGACCUGGAGUAGAAUUAAGCGACACUGCCAAAGCUGCAGAGUCUCCCACGAGAUCCCCAGCGAGCCCACGACACCUGUACUGCCUCUCAGCAGACAUCUCGCUGCUGCACCUGAACAGCGGCGGGUCGGGCUCGGGCGUAGUGGCGGCCAGCUCGCGCGAGGUCGACAACCACCUGCGCUCCGUGACGGCCGUGUCCGCCUUCGCCAUCGCCACGGCCGGCGCCAACCACGGCAGCCCGGCGCACGACGGCCUCGCGGGACCCCCCACGCACGAGGAGCGCCUGCGCAGACACUCGCUCAACGACCAGCAAACCUUGGACAAGGAGUUUGCGAUCCGACGGGCUGCCAAGAACCGUGUCUUGAACGUGAUGCGCCACUGGGUUUUCAAACACUCACAGGAUUUUGAAUUGGAUAGUAAACUGAAAGCCACGGUGAUUGGAUUUCUAGAGGACAUAAUGCGUGAUCCAGAGCUGUUGCUUCAGGAGAGAAAAGCCGCAAACAACAUUCUAAGGGCCCUAAUGACAGAAGAGGCAGACGAUGGUCAGCUGACUCUGGAGAAAGUCUCACUCACGGCAAGUACGUUUUGCAAUUUUCAGAAUGAGGAGAUGAAGCCAGAGCAGUUUGAAUACCUGUCCGUGUUGGAGCUGGCCGAACAGCUGACUCUUCUAGACUUUCUCGUGUUCAGAAGCAUCCCGUACCAGGAGUUUUUAGACCGUGGAUGGAUGAAAUCUGACAAAAACGAACGUGCGCCGAAAAUCAUGAGGACAAGCAAGCACUUUAAUGAGAUGAGCAACUUGGUGGCCUGGGAGAUUGCAAGCCGAAUGGAUGUGGGAGCCCGAGCCGCUGCCAUCGACAAGUGGGUGGCAGUGGCUGACAUCUGCCGCUGCCUGCACAGCUAUAACACGGUGCUGCAGAUCACGUCCGCACUCAACCGCAGUGCUGUCUACCGGCUCAAGAAAACCUGGGCCCGCGUAUCCAAGCAGACAAAGGCGCUUAUCGACAAGCUCCAGAAAAUAGUUUCAUCUGAAGGGCGAUUUAAGAAUCUCCGAGAGACACUGAAAAGCUGUGACCCACCUUGCGUGCCCUAUGUGGGUAUGUACCUGACGGACCUGGCCUUCAUUGAGGAAGGUACACCCAACUUCACGGAGGAAGGACUCGUCAAUUUCUCAAAAAUGAGAAUGAUUUCGCAUAUAAUUAGAGAGAUACGGCAGUUCCAGACAAGUUGCUACAACAUCGAACCCCAAACAAGAGUGACACGCUUCCUGCUGGACCGGGCUCACGUGUGCGACGAUGACAGCCUAUACGCGCUCUCCCUGCAAAUCGAACCCAGGCUGCCCACAUGACUAUACCGGUGCAUGAUGCGCCAAGUCAGUUGAACGCUCUUCUGACUCAGAGCACACGGACGAGGCCAGUUGGGUUGGGGGCUUGGGAGGGAAGGCGGGCCUCGCCUCCGCUCGAUUACCCUGCAUGAUUUGAGGGAAUCGGAUGUUUGCACGGACCUGCGAGGUGUCUAAGAGAGUCUUGGACGGAGGUGACUGCUCGGAGUGGCAGAGGUUGCAAGCGAACGCGGAAUAAAAAUGUGUCUGGCAGCAGUCAUGUCUCUUGUGCCAGAAAUUGAAACGGGAGCUUGCCACAAGGUGGACUUUUUUUUGUAACUAAGGCUUUAUUUAAUAUGCAGCAAACCAAGUUUGUGCUAAUGCAUAGUGUUUAAGCAUGCCUGCCUCACAUCAACCAUUAAGUCCAGCAUGGAGAUUAAUUAUUGUACAGAGGUGGUAUUAUCAGUACCUUGAGGCAUAGGUAGCGCAUGUGAAUGGCAUUUUAUUCAAAAAUGCACGAAUAUGCCUUUUUUCUCAAUUCGUCUGAUUUUAAAAAAAAGAAAUGCAUUACAAUAUUCAUACACCAUUUAAUUUAAUGGAAUGUGAAUAUAAAUGUACAUUUAAUUUAGUUAGCAUGUGCAAAAAAUUACAGGAAUUGUAUCGUUGCUUAUUCGGCUAUAGAGGUUAAUAUAAAUGUGGCCUUAAUUUAAAACGCACGCAAAAUUCUUAAAAUAGCUACACAACAUGGAAAUGAACAUUAUUGUUGAGAAAUGCAGAUGCUUGGGCUUGCAUGCCCUGGGGCGAGUCGGGAGGGGGGGGUGGUGGUGGCCGCGGCAUAUUUCCGAGUCUUCAUGCAUGGACUCGCAUCGCCAGUUGUUUUCUGCGGCUCAGCACGGCACGGGCGCUGUUGACAACGUGGUCUCUCUGAACGCACGCACCAAGAUGACCACGCGACGCGGUGACGAUGGCUCGCUCGCUCGCGCGCGCGCGCGCGCGCUCGCAGGCUCGGACCCACGCGCACCCAAAGGCGUGCUCGCGUUUUGCUUUGUUUGUCAAACCUUGGCCUGAUUGACGUUGCACUAUCAUGUGCUGUUUAUUUAUUGGCUGUGUUAAACGGCACAAACUUGCAUGAUGUUUUGAUGGUUUCUGUUCUGGAGUCGGUGAGCUUGGUAACUCUAACGCAUAUGUGCAAUGUUGAAAUGUAAUCAUGGUUAUAACAUAAAGUGCAAGAAAGCACGCUACACCUUGGUGUUUGUUUUUCAUAAAAGGCGGCUUAUGUGCAGCCAAUAAUUUGUAUUAUUCUCACUCGUGACAAACUCCUUCCGCUAAAUCCUCUCCAAGAACACGCGAUCAACCCCUAUGGCCUGCUAAGGUGUCGUUCGUGAUGGCUGCCCUUUGUUAUUCACACGAUUAGAAAUAGCAGCCUCCUUUCGUCCGAGCAGAACAUACAUUGCCUAGCACUCUUCCAUGAUGUCUGACCAGCGUGGAAGAGUAGGCAAAACUCAUUCCGCCAGCAGUGGUGUGAACAAAUCAUUGCCGGGCUGCAACUUGGCAUUUUUAUAUUUGACCGUAGGUUCCAUUUAGCCUACAUAUUUUAUGCAUGAUACACAAUGAAAGCAUUUAAUUUCUGAACGAAGCACUGACCGCGACUUUGAUUAAUUGUGUUCAGUGAAAUCAGUCGUGAGAUUUCACCGGGAAAUGUUGCACCCAAUAAGUGUGAGCCACAUUUUAACGUGCGUUGUGCAACACGAUCAGCACUCACAUUUACCUCGUCUGGCUUCAAAGCUGUAGAGAACAUGUGAGUAUAAACUACGUGCUAUUAUGUUGUAUGUACAUUAACAUAGUUUUCCUAGGCGUUGGAACGGUGUACAUUAUUUGACAUAAGGUACCAAAAACAUUUAUUCAAAUGGAAAUGCAUUUCAUGGGUUUGAGGGGGGGGAGGGAAAAACUCCGUGGGUUAUUAAUGAGAUACAGCUCAUUUGGCUGCAUAUUCUUAACUGCAAAGGAGGAUGAUAAAGCUGCGAUAUUAUGAGAUGUCAAAAACCAGUAGAUCAUACUUUUAUUACUUCCUCUGUAACUGUUAACUAGAAAAAAAAUCAUCUAACUUUUGUCCAAACAUCAUAUUACUUAAGAAUUCGUAGAUAUUCAGGUUGAACAUUUUGGCAUGACUUUAGCGUGAAUAAAAAAAAAUACUUUCAUUAAAUGUAAGGAAGGGAAAGUGGUAUUAAAAUAUAUUUUUACAAGUGAUCAUUUCUUACACUAAGGAUCUCCACACUGCGAGGGAUACUGUGCACUGCUUCAAGUCAGUCUAAUAAUUCAGAUAUUUUUUCUUAAGACCUUUUACUUCGUUGUGGUGAUGGAAGAAGAUAUUCUCUCUGGUGGUACGGAGCAAGCAAUCAGCUGGUCAAGUGUGAGAAUUUGUCUUUGCAUAGCAUUUUAUAUACAUGAAAAGUAAAAUGUACAGUACUUUCAUAGAAGGAAUACAGUAUGCAAAUGUACAGUCAAUCCACUGCUAUAUUUGAGCCUCCGUGCUGUGGAGAGAAUAGGUGAGGUUUCAGCCCAUGGCCUUUUCAUUGCAGAGAGAUCUGCCUGAAACAUAAUAUACUAUUUAACUUAGGGCAGUGUUUGAAAUAACGUGUUAAUUUAUUUUGCCAUGUGUUCCUCGUACACAGCUGUCAAAGCAGUAUCAGAAUAGAUGUCUCGUAUCACAUAUGGCUUUGUGGUGGGCACAUGGGUUGCACAUACGAAUACCAGCCCGUGGCAGAAACCAUUCGAAACAGCUGCCUGCAAACAAAGUAUUUCUCAGCAGGGUCACAGUUGUCCAAUACUUGGCACACGUGUGGAGAUAGGCACAGUUGAAGAUCAGCGUUGGUCUUACUCAUCAGCAAUGCACAAGCGUACUCGCAUAUUGUAUGUACUACAGUCUAGUGGGCUCAUAAUUGGCUUGUUUUGGGGGAUUCGAAGACCAUAAGACUGGCCCCCUAUGAGGAGACAACUUUAACCGAAGUAAUUUUGAUCACUGGACUAAUAAGCCUGGUGUUCUAUGUUCACUGGGGUUCUAAGCGCCUCUUUAUUUUUACCUUACUGUAAGUUAUUUAAAUAAAAACAUGACAUUAUGGCUGUUAACGACACGCAUUAAGCUAUGUGUUAAUAUAUAAUGUGCUUUAUUAUCAUAGAGUCAUGAGAAAUGAUCUGAGCGGUGUUUUUCCAUGAAUAUUGGAAAAAAAUAUGGAAAUUAAGAUAAACUCCUAUUUAUUAAAGUCAAGUUUACAUUUGUUUAAACCCUAAAUAAAUAUACAACUACAGCACAUAAUGCAUCUCAUAAAUAGUGUAAUAACCAGCAACGUUCACAAUGUAGAACGUACUUGUAUGCUAUAUUUUCCUUAUGAUUGUGUGCAGUUGGUAAGAGAAAAAAAAUAUCUGCAGCGAAAAAUACAGAUGAUGCUGAAGGCUUGACACGGCUCUGCCAAUGUGCAUCGUUGGUGUACAAUCGGCAGUACACACCAUCGUUUAAGCGGUUAGUCAGUCACGUGCAUGGCAAUUAACAGUUAAACACCGGUAAUGCAAAAUCAUACACAGCCAUCUCUAGAUUACCUGAUAUAAUGGUGACAACGGGUGGCCCGAAUAAAACAAAACACCUGAGCGAUGAAAAACAUGCAUGAAACGAAUAUUUAUUGUUUACUUACUUAGAAUUAUGGUUUAAUUUACGACACGUUUGCGGUUGUACUCAUUAAACACAAAGUGCUUGUUACAAAUGAACCACGAUACAUUGCUGAUCUCGUCAAGGAGCAAAAACCAUUACGCAAACUCCGAUCAUCCUCGCAGUGGCUUUUGGGUGCUCGCCGUGGAACAAAGACGCUCACCGCAUCGCGCGCUUUCAGAUGCGUUACUGCGGCCAUCUGAAACGCUCCUCCUUCCGACAUUAUGAGGCCACUGGAGCUAUGCCCUUUUAAAUCUACAUUGAAAACUCAUUUAGUUAGAACUGAUAUUUGUGUUGGCUUUGUUGCCCUUCCCCCUGCACCUCCGAUGAGCACGGUUGGCAACGUAUGGUGCGAAAGAAAUUCAACAUACAUGCGAGCAUGAGUUACUCCUGACCCAUAACGAGUCAGGAGUAACUCAUAAUGAAGCCAGCACAUGCCCAAAUCUGCCCACAGAUAAUCCAAAAUUAACAGUACCCGCAAAAAGCAGGUGUUGGAUGCACUCAAACAUGAGAGAGCAAAUGCAUUUUUUAAUUUGUAAAUAACGGUUUUGAGCAAUAUUGUGCCGCACAAUAUAAUUGCAAACCAAAUUGGAUGUAUCAUUAAAAUGAAAUGAAUAGGUUUUCAUCCAAGUUCGGUGAAUAUUUCAUGUAUAUUUAAGUGUUUAGUGUUAAUCCAUGCACUGCAACAAUUCCAUAAAAAGCAUUAUCUGAUUAAUGCCUAAUCACCCCUCUUGGAAGCAGCGCUCGACUGAAUAAAAUUUGCACGUCUAUGAUUUUUAAUGUGCUUAGUUAGCAAGGCGUUAUUAAACCCGGGGUUUAAUUAUUCAAGGAGGCAUGAUCAUGUAUAAUGCUGUGCAUAAAACAUCUUCGUUCUUAGGCUUAACGAAAUACGCAGUUUGGUCCGAAGGCACAUUGCUGUAAUAUCCGUCUCAUGGCAGUUUAGGAGGUGUUUCUUGCUUGCUGAUUACAUAUUCAUCUGAUCAUGUCUGUUCCACAUGAUUACUGCACUUGAGCUUGAAGUGUGGAGACUGUAGAGGAGCACAUAGAUUCUGAAAUCGGUACGUGCCUUUUCUCUCCUCGAUGUAGCAUGAGUCGGCAACUGGGGUGCGAUUCACGGAGCAUUCACUAAAAAAUGCAAGCCUCAUUUUAGCAUUGUACGCUUCACUGAUUUGCCGAUUGUUAUUAAUUAUUAAGAGUUUUUUUUUUAAACGAUUGGCUUAUAUUUUGCAUGACUGUUCUCCCUAUAUACAAUCGUGUAUAGUGUUCUCUCCGGAGUAUGUUAACUGAGUGGUCCACUCAACUAAAAUUGGCUACCACCUGGCCAGAAAAUUCGCUGCUUGCCUUGCUUUGAGGCAGUCACCCAGGAAACCUCUUAGCGGGAUGCGAGAGUGGGUUACGCGAGGCUGCAGGGGAGGUAUUCGCCUAGCAUGGCCCAAGGCAAUGUUUUUACUGUUGGUGAAAUGUGAGGUUGUGAAUCCGCCCUGUGCUAUAGCGAGCCACCCACCUCCCCCAUUCCGUUGUUCUCAAUAUACCGUCGACGGCUGUUGGUUGAGUGCCUAGAACUCCUGGAAAAAUGGGAUAUAUACACACAUAAGGCUGGCUGGGUAGCAGCCAGAUAAGUGUGGUACAAAGGGGAAUGGGCGCAUGGCGUGCUGGAUAUUAAAGGAAUGAGAGGUAACAUUCAGGGAGUGUCUAACUGUGGGACACGUGGAUACGAUGAGGAUGCGGGGGUUUAAAUGAAGAGUAAAGUAGGGGAACGUCAUUCCGCUAUUUAAGGCCGGUGGCAAUAUUAUCCAGCUCCAAUGACUGAAAUUUAUGCAUGCUGGCUUAGCACCGUGCAAGCUCAAUACUGUUAGGGGUUCAUACGCAUCAAUGCAAACACGACUAUUCACGCACAUUCAGUUUAUCCCACGUGUGGGCACAUAUAAAUAAACAAAUACGCUUGAGCAAGAGUUGGCACACCUGUGGCAAAUGAUAUACGAAUUUUACAUUGCUUUAGACACGUGCUAAUCCAAUUGAAUUGCAAUAGAACGGCACCUGUUUUUUUGUUGAGGACGUUUCAGGUUAGAGGUCAUCAGAACUAAUAAACUGUUCACAAUUACCACUGAAUUAUAUGUAAUCAAACCGCAUCUUAACAGCGCAAACACAGCGCUGCUCUUAGAAGUGGCCUCGUGUAAUUUAUUUGGGUUUUAAUUAUAAAUUAUGCCACCCGUGUGGUCAUGUCAGCUGCGAGAUUUGUACAUUAAACAAGGUAAUUAUUAUUUGAUAUAAUACCUUGCAGACUGAGAAGUUGCAUUUAAUUAACUUGCAGAUUUGCAUGUCUACUUCAUAUACGAACGAGUACACGGAGUGAUGAUCGUUCCAUAUUUUAGGAGCUGUGGCAUUCUUCAGCGUUACAAAACGAAAAUCCUGCUUCCUCUUCUACCAACAAUCCAUAUGAACAGCGGGAGGAGGAGAAAUUCGUAAAAUUGUAUCAGCAAAAAGGCAUGUAGCUCGUGAACAAAUACGUGUUACUAUUAAUAAAACAUUUAACGGAUAAUCAUGUCAUGUAUUACAUUUUGCUAAAGUUCAAAACUACGUCACUCAAUAGAGAGCCACUGCAUCUGAGCGGGCGGUCUGUCAUUUUGGUGACCCAGAUUACUUCUUGCAAAUGAGACAAUACUGGUCUUUCGAUUUUUCACCUGCUUGAAGAAUUAAACUUCACUUGAUGCUUUAAACUAAGCCACCUCAUGCCCUACCUACCCCAAACCGGCUGCUUGCUCCUCCACACCGGUGCUACUUUUUUCACAUUCAACACCGAUCUACUGAUAAAUAAGUAUUGAUUAUAUAUGAUUAUAUAUAAUCAUGGCAUUUUCUCAGCACCACCAUCCCACAAAUGAGUCGGCUCCCUGGCCCACCCACCACCCCCUAAUUUUUACAAUUGUAGCACCACCCAUGGCCAGAAGCGGGAUGCACCACUCAACAGGAUGUGACUUGGCAAUCUGCUUCACUAGGGCCAAAUACGUGUAAGUCUUCGUUGUGCCUUACAUGCAUGGACUUGCCCGUUUUGGUGCCAGACUGACCCCUGCUGCCAGAUUAAAAACCAUAUGGACCUCAACUCAUGCACACACUGCGCCCUUUUGUAUACACGACAUGUAAACUAAAAAAAAGCAGGCUCACAUAAUCGUAAGUGUCGUUGUGGAAAAUGUAAAUAACAAUAGAUGAGCGGACAAUAUCUCUCAUUCAUAUAUCUGUCUCUGACACCAUGUCGAAACCGGUCAAUAGUUUGCUUGUACUGAAUCAAUGCUGCUGCAUGUAUUCACGAAUCAAAAGGCCUUGUUGGUGUCAAUUGGUUAUAGAAAUAAUAGUUUUACUAUUUCUGUGGAAAGACAGAUAUGUGAAGCAGACAUAUUGCCUGCGUAUCUAUUAAAUGCACGCUCACACACUCACACGUGUGAAUACAUGCGUACACGGGAAUGCAUGCGCAGAUGUCGUUGUAUAUGUGAGAGCAUGUCUUUGCGGCGUCUAUAGAUAACUAAUUCAGCCUUGCACUUGCGCAUGUUGUGAUGAACCUGUGAUGCCAAAAUCAGUCGUUUUCCACUCAUUCGUCAAAUAAAUAACUCAAAUUAUUCGA